CAGCGACGGCGCGGCGGUUGCGCCUCUUGCUGAGCCAGCCGUCCGAGGCUGCUGCUGCUCCUCCUCCGUUUGGGUCGCCAUGGAUUCGGAUUCCGGGGAGCUGAGCGACGGCGAGCUGGCUCCCACGGCGGUCACCAACAGGUAACGAAAGCAGGAGGCUGAUCAGUGACUGGAUGCGGGUGGGUGGCUACCUCCAACUUGGUCCCGAAAGCUUUAGUUCAAAGAGUCUCGCCCUGCAAGCCCAGAAGAAGAUCUUGAGCAAAAUGGCCACCAAAACGGUGGCGAACAUGCUGAUCGAUGACACCAGCAGUGAAAUCUUUGACGAGUUAUACAGAGUGAUGAUCGAGCACCUGAAGAACAAGAAAGAAGCGCACAAGAUCAUGAAGGACUUGAUCAAAGUGGCCAUCAAGAUUGGGAUCCUCUACCGGCACAAUCAGUUCAACGCGGAAGAGCUGGAGAUCAUCGAAAAGUUCCGCAAGAAGUUGAACCAGGCGGCCAUGACGAUCGUCAGUUUUUACGAAGUGGAGUACACCUUCGAUAAAACCGUGCUCUCGGGACUGCUGAACGAGUGCAAAGACCUGGUGCACGAACUGGUAGAGCGGCACCUGACAGCCAGGUCUCACGCGCGGAUCAAUCACGUCUUUGACCAUUUUGCCGAUGUGGAGUUCCUCACCUCCCUCUAUCGCCUCGAGGGGGGAUGCCAACCCCACCUCAAAAAGAUCUGCGAUGGGAUUAACAAACUGCUUGACGAGAAAGUCCUUUGAGAUGUUGCCUUGCUGGAACAUACUACAGGCAGACUUUAUUUAAGGGAUGCAAACAGAGUCGGAAUAGAAACCCAAGAGUGAGCUUCCUUUCUAGGAGGACCCCAAAGCAUCUUGAUUCCAGACCACUUGUUUUGUUUAUUUUUUUAAAAAAGCAAGAAAGCAACAAAGGGUGCUUAAGCCCACAAGUAACCCAGCUUUUUAGGAGAUAGGAUGGCUUGUGAUGCAAGAUUGUUGCCAUGCCGCACUUGGGUUGCGAUGGUUCGAAAAUCAGCCCAGCAGCAGUGUGAACAAAAAAAAGCACCCAUCCUUAUGUUCUAGAAGAUUGGGUCUUGGAACGAUUAGAAAAUGGGGGCUGUCCCAAAUGGCACCAAAAGCAGAACACUAUAGGGGUAGGAUCCAGGCCAAGUUAGUUGUGACUAAGCACCACUAAAAUAAAGAAGGCUAGUUGUGACUAACUUAAGCCCCGUUAGUCGUGACUCUGUCUGCAUCUCACCUGGUGUCUUGGAAUAAGGCUGCAAAAGUAGCGAUGAUAUUGAAGAACAGUUCAAAAACCCUUUAGAGGGUAAGCUGCAGAAACAUUGUAGGACUGUCCCCACGACUAUUAACAGGGUAAGGCAAACAGCCUAUCCGGCUUCAUGAUUUUCAAUCAUGUGCUUUUGAAAAUCUAGGUGGGAGGAGGGAGAGUGAUCCCACUCCUCCCACCUAGGUUUUUGCGAGCCCGUGACCAAAACUUGGAAGCGUGAACAGCUCCCAAAGCUGGGUAAGACGUUUGUCCUACCCAGUUAAUGGCGGGUAAGAUUUAAGUUGGGGAGAAGGCUGCCAUGGAAACCAAAAUUUAAGAGAUCCCAUCAGAAGGCUUGCUGAAUGUGGGCGCCGUUGGCCUUCUUGACUGAAGCAUCAAGGUCUCCAAGAGAUAAAGGUUAGUCCCAGGUUUUUUGGGGGGGGGGCUUCUGGAAGAUGCCCCCAUAGUGGCCCAUGUCAUUGCGCCUUCUUGCCACCAACCUCUUGCUUGCUCAGAGGGCUGGUGAUCUCAGUUACAGAAGCAGCAGUGGGGCAGGAGUUUGCCAUGGCGUGCCAUGCUCAGUGGUGCUGGCCCCGGUGAGAGGGCAAGCCUGCCCUAGAGGCAGUUUCGACACAAGCAAGAACUUGUCGGUUUGCUUGAGUUAAGUGGUUGAAAUGCAUUUGUGCUCCUGGCUCAAAAACGAGAUGCAACCGAUAUGGAAGACAGAAAGCAAAACAAUCCAAGACGGGUCAAAGCAAUAAAGUGAAGUGACUCUCCCCAUUCCCGUGUUUCUCAGCUGAAACGUCCCCCCAAGCCCUCCCCACAGGUUUCCACAUUCUCUACCCCCAUCCUAAGUUUAAAGACUUGGAUAGAAAUCUGCCCAGCUUUAGGCGGCUGUUAGGAUAGAGAUGUAUCCUGUCUCCCGCCUAGUUCCCUUCCCUUUGCACAUCUUAAUCCUUAGCCUGUAGUAUCGUAGCUGCAGGAUGUGCUGGAAGGGACCUGGGGAAGGUCUUCUAAACUAACCUCCUGCUCGAGGGGCAGGCCUGCUGCAGGCGCUGUUUGAUGCCCCCCAAUAAAGGAGAGGCCUCUCUCUGCACGAGGUAGGUUGUUCCACUGUCGAAUAUCCCCAACAGUUAGGAAAUCCCUCCUACGGUCUAGCCUGAAUUUGUUUCCUUGUAUCUUCAGCCCAUGGUUCGGGUCCUACCCUCAAGAGCCACAAAGAAGCAAGUCCACCCUUUCUUCUACAGUCUUUCAGGUAUUAGAAGACAGCUAUCAAACACGUUGGUCUGGAUCUAAUUUCUUUACGUAUGUGUUACUGGAAAGAUGGGGGGAAAGUGACUUUCUAAGUAUAAUUCUUAGGAGAUUCUAAUUCUCUGGAGAGAGAUGUAAUGUAUAUGCAUGCACACACGUAAGUGUGUGUGUGUGUGUAUAUACUGACAGUGUAUACACACACACACGGGUGAAUAAAUGUUGGCUCAGGUUAUCAGCCAGACAAAAUAUUUUGUCAAGCUACGUUGGAUUGCUCAUCAGGGCUUUUUUCACUCAUCAGGCAUUGGUUUUCACUUGUCACAGACUAGUGGAUUUCUGCAGGUGUGUGUGUGUGUACACACACACUCAUUCUCAUGCACACACCUCCCUCUCUCGAGGGAGGGAGGGAGGGUGGAUAGAAUUUUUUUCCUCCUAUCAAGGUCACCCAAUGUCAUUGAUCUGCAGUAGACAGAUGACAGUCAAAAAAGUGCAUACAGAAUUAACUGCCACGUGGUGUGCUAAUGGACACCAGCUCAAAUGGCUUUGAAAAGGGAAACAGACAGGCUAAUGGGGUGCUGGCUAAUCUUUGUUUGCCUCCUUACCUGAGUGGAACCUCCAGCUUCAGAAGCAGUGUACCCCUCAAUGUGAGUUGCUGAGGGGGAAGAGGGAAAUAGAGGGAAGACUGCUUCCCUCAUGCCCAGCUAUGGGCUCCAGUUUGCUGUUCUAAGUAAAUUCUGGGGAAUUCAAAAGUUCACAAGGCGGGCCCCCCGUCCUGCUAGCACUGAUGUGUGAGAUUCUCAGCAAGUCAAAGGAAUGCAUUUGGUGCGUCUCACUUGGUCAAUCGCUUUGUUUCCCACUGGGCUUCAGUGUUGUCGGAUCGUAAAGUGGGUGAUACGACAGCCUACUACAUUGUCAGCCUGGGGGAAUAAUACAAAGUCAUGCUAAAUUACUGAAUCUGGUCAUUCUAAUGUUGCGAGCCGCCCAGAGGAGUAUUGUGCUGAAGGGGCAGGGUCUAAGUGCUUUAAAUAAAGCUCAUACACAAUUCCUUUCAAGAAGCCAGAUUUCCACACGGAGGAAAGGGAAAGCCUGGGGAAGGAAGCACCAGAAGGGGAACUUUCUUUCUAUCUUGCACAUGUUGAUAUUCGGGGUUUGAUUAUUUUAGGUAACAGCCAAAUGUCUUGUCAUUUUUAUUUAUCAGACUUGAGUAGCCUUAAACAAGGAGCAAGUAUCAUGCAUUUCUCUUGCUGGUGUAUGCUGUAUAUUCACCGUCUCCUUUUAUAUUGGUGCGUUAACAUGUAAAGCGAUCCAUUCUACAAUACUGGUAGGGUUUGAGUCGGCCACAAAAUGUGUGUGCGUUGUGCCAUCGUGAAUUUAUGCAUUAAAUAAUUUGUGAUUAACCUGUUUCUUCAGCCUUGGCAUUUUAAUGGCUGCAAUCAUUGUCUCACUGUGCCUACAUUUCAUUUUUUUAAAAAAUGUGUAGCUAUAAUAUAAUAAUAAAGACUGCAUGCACAGAG